CCCCUUUCACAACAGAAGAGGCACUUUUGUUUGACUACAACGUAGUACUACCUCCAACAAAGCAUUACUCACUCAUUCACUCAUAUGGUGUUUAUAUAGAGUGUGCAGACUGCUACUCUCACAGUCUUUCUUUAGCUGGUGGUUAAAACACACCAAAGAAGCAAGCCAGAAUUAACUUCAGGUUCCUACAUACUGAGUUAAGUGUCGCUGAACAACCCAGUCAUGACAAUGCUGAAGGUAUUGGUCGGCGUUUUUCUCUGCUUGUCCUGCAUGGUGUCAGGACAAUAUGAUGAUGAAGUUCUUCAGGUUGAUUUUGAAAAUCUGUCUUACAAUGAAAUUCCUGACCGCGAAGAAGCUACCCCCUCUCCCUGCAAGUCCACAGAGCACACAAAAUGGGACAAACUUUUUUCUAUGCUGGAGAACUCACAAAUGAGAGAAAACAUUCUCCUCCAGUAUGUGGACGAGAUCAUUAAGGUGGAGCUCCAGAGCAUAAGUGAUGAAAUGCACCAGUUUGUGGUUAAUUUUGCUGGAACUUGCACUAAUGCCAUCGACAGUGCCAGCACACGAAUCACCUCCCAACUGGAAGGAAAGUUAAUGCAAAUCACAGAGAGGAUUGGGGAUACCAACACCGUGCAUCAAUCCCAGCAUUACAAUGUCCUGGAACAUCUGCUUGUGGCCAGCCAGGACACAGCGUACAGACUCAGUAAAAUUGAGAGCGCCUGGCAGAAUGUAGCAGAAGCAAAGGGUCUGCAUUCAGAGUUCAAGCAGCAGGAUGUCUCUGUCUAUACAAGGUUAGAAAAGGUUAUGAAUUCCAUGGCUUAUGAUCUUCAGCAAAGCAGAGCUGAACUACAGCUUUCCCAGAAAUGGGUUGCUCAGCAACUCCUGCCUUCAGGGUGCGAAAUGGCUCUGUUAUUUCCAAUGCGCUCCAAGAAGAUUUUUGCCAGUGUCAACCCUGCAGCCGCCAUGACACUUGAUUCGUUCACAGCAUGCAUCUGGUCAAAGGUCACAGAUGCUCUCAACAAAACGGUUCUUUUCUCUUAUGGGACCAAGAGAAACCCUUAUGAAAUUCAACUCAGUCUCAGGCAGCAAGCAGCAGUCUUCUCUGUGGGAGGUGACACAUACUCAACUGUUGCGGCAAAUGCAGCUCCCGUCGGAGAGUGGACCCACUUCUGCGGCACAUGGAGCUCGCACGAAGGCAAUCCGUCUCUUUGGGUAAACGGAGAGCUUGUGGCUACCUCCUCAGGACUGGCCAAAGGCCACCCAGUCCCAGACGGAGGGAUCUUACAGCUAGGCCAAGAGAAAAACGGCUGCUGUGUGGGAGGUUUUGAUGAAAAGCUGGCGUUCUCCGGGAAGCUGACUGGAUUCAAUAUCUGGGACAAAGUUCUGGAUAAAGAGCAGAUCGCCCACUUAGCUAAAGGGGAGGAUUCAUGUGGUACUCGGGGAAAUGUGGUUGGUUGGGGUGUUACAGAAAUUCUACCACAUGGCGGUGCUCAGUAUAUUCACUAAUAUAUAUCUAUGGACAGCAUAGUGCACCCUACACGCUGUAUUCAUAAUACAUGUGCGUGCCAGUGCUAAAUACAUUAUGAAUUUAUUGUCAUUUAUUGAUUGAAAAAUAACCAAAUGAUAGGACUUGGAAGAGCGACUUGGAAUGGAUGUGAAAUAUCAGAGUUACAUAUUUUUCUUGUGUGAUUCUUAUAUACAUUCCUGGUAACUCUUUAAAACCCAAACGUUGAAAGAACCCUUCCGGCCUCAAUAGCUCUCAGAAUCACGUUGAAGCUGUAAGUACAGCUGGCACACCAGAGUGUAACCAUUAACCUGCCCCCCCUGCAACACUGCCUCUAGUGGAUGUACUGUAAGACACACGUCAGUAAGAAAUACCACAUAAAAAGAUUGUGGUAUUUCACGCAGAAUGCUUAGUUAUUGAAACUACAUGACUGGAUUAAACUGCUGAUAUCUAUAAAAGUUACAUGGAUGGGGUCACUAAAAUAGAAAAUGGUACAUAAUGAAUCUAAAAAAAACCAAGAAGAAUACACUAGUUAAGAUAACUGACACUUGCUACACACACCAAGUUAUUUUUUAAAGGAAGUUUAUAUAAUAUACGUUACAAAGUGCAGUUCCUUUAUUUCCGAACACAGCAAAUGCCAGCUGUUCAGAUGCGAAAUCAUGUCAUAUAACACCUAAACUCAAUAACAGGUCUAUAGCAUGUCUAAUUAUAUUAAAAAGAGAAGCAUUGUUUUGUCUGCAAAGAAGGUAUUCAUUGGUAUUGUAUAAUUAUUAAUUCCUAAAUCAUAUUUAACAGAAAUGUUCAAGUUUUGUUUACAUGUCAAGAGGGAGCUGGGUAUUAAAACCCCUCAUUGCUGAACUGCAAAUGUGUCUCUCUGAUUCUGCUCUGCCAAUCUGACUGGAGAGAGCUUUAUUGUGAGUCUUAGAUGUGAACAAAUGCAAUGCAAUGUUAAAUGCUCGAUAUUAUUGGCUUAAAUUCUAUUUCGUUUUGUUUUUUUAAGCUGGAAGAUUUUUUUCAGAUGUGUUAUAAAAAUAAAAAUAAACGUUUACAAGUUAAAAACAUCUUUCAGUUUCGAAUAUAUAGAGAGUACAUUGUGUUAUAUUGUAAAUUCUGCUUUUAGCCAACAUGAUAUGAAAGUGAACGUAUUUUAUAUUUGUGUCCCACAAAUAAAAAUAAAGUAAUUCAAAACA